AUGAUUUGUCGACAGAGUUUACCAGUCUGUCAGCAGAUAUUGAACCUACGACUGCUGGCAACAGUCGCACAUCAUUACCACUCUACUACAUUUGCUCGCAGAAGAAAUGGCCAAAAUGCUCUUUAUGGAGCAAUCGAUAUGCUCCAAAGUGAGAAUCGAAGAUUGGCUUGUGAAAAUACAAGAUUAAGGAGAAGAGUUUCUGAGUUAGAAGGGUUGUUAGCAACAAGAGCCUUGCAGCUGAACGAGGCUUUACAAACAAGGGUUCGAGAGUUGAUAUUAGAGGUUAAGAAUCGGCAGGCGCAUUUGGAGGAGGAGAUUAGAGAGAAUCAAGAGUGUAAUACCAAUUAUACGCUUUUGGUUCGAGAAAAAAGUGCAUUAAGGUCUCGAAUAGCGAUCCUAGAGGUGUUAUUAUAUAUCACCUCAAAUUAA